CCUUUGCUUACCGCUUUGUCUAGAUCUACUACUUUGCAUUUGUCAGAAGAUGAGCUUGAACAUGCAACCCCUGUCAUGGUGCUGACUCCUUCUAAUAGGGAGUCUGGUAAGAAACAAGUGAAACGAAGGUUUAGGCGGAAAAGAGAGACUGGAGACAAUGGUGAGCAUUCAGAAAAGCAAGGAAAGGGAAAAGACUGCAGAUUACAUCCCGGGACUGCAAAAUCGAGCUGGAAUGCAUCUGAUUCAUCAUCGUCUUCAGAUGAGAGUCAGUGGGCUCAGGCUAGGAGGAGAGCAAGAGAAAAAGCCAGAAUGUCCAGGAGAGGGAGAAGGAGUAAGGGAUCGUGCAGUAACCAGGACGGGUCUUCAAAUAAUAAUGCUGUUGAACUUGUCACUCUGGGGACAAUGGGGAAAAAGACGCAAGACAUAUCUGACCCUGAGAAUCCUACUUUAAAUCAUCGCAGAAGAAGGAUUCCAAGGUUUAAGGAAUCACAGUCUUCAGCAUCAUCACAGGAAGUAAAGAUUUCCUCACAAAAAUGUGGAAAAAGCAAAGGGAAAAGCUAUAGCAGAGAUCGGCAGCCUGCAUCUUCUUGCCUCGGACACAAUAAAGACAUGAAGGACUGCUUUGCGGAGGCAGGCUCUGGCAGUGACGCUCUGGCCGCCCCAGACAAUGGAGCACCUUUUGGGGCAGGGCCCACAGUGACUGACACUGCUCAGAAGCCUCCAGUGUUGUAUGAUGACUGGUCUGAUGAUUUAGAAGUAUGCAGGAUCUGUCACUGUGAGGGAGAUGAUGAAAGUCCCCUCAUCACACCGUGUCGCUGCACAGGGACCUUGCGCUUUGUUCACCAGGCUUGCCUGCACCAGUGGAUUAAGAGCUCAGACACACGCUGCUGUGAACUCUGCAAGUACGACUUUAUAAUGGAGACCAAGCUCAAACCUCUUCGGAAGUGGGAGAAACUACAGAUGACAACAAGUGAGAGGAGGAAAAUAGUUUGUUCAGUCACAUUCCAUGUAAUUGCAAUUACCUGUGUUGUUUGGUCGUUGUAUGUCUUAAUUGAUAGAACUGCUGAGGAAAUUAAACAAGGCAAUGAUAAUGGUGUCCUCGAAUGGCCAUUUUGGACAAAACUUGUGGUGGUGGCCAUUGGAUUCACAGGAGGCCUCGUCUUCAUGUACGUACAGUGUAAGGUUUAUGUUCAGCUGUGGCGCAGGCUGAAAGCCUACAACAGAGUGAUCUUUGUUCAGAACUGCCCAGACACCGCCAAAAAGCUGGAGGAGAAGAACUCUCCAUGCACUCAGAGCUCGGACAUCAAGGAUGCGGUGGUGGUGCCAGUAGCACAGACAGGUACAAACUCUCAGCUGGCAGCUGAAGAGAUGACAUCUGAGGUCAUGCCAGUUUGAUGGAGACAGCACUGUUUUUUCCUUGCUGAAUAAGGCAUAGUGUUUUCUACACUACAAAUGCUGUAAGAGAGUAGAAAUGACUGAGCAUUUUUUGAGUAAAAACACAAAAACCGAAUCCCUAUGAGGAAAAUGGAUCCAGCAAAGCAACUUGUUACUGUAUGGAAUGUGACAAUUCGUGAAGUAGUUUCUCAACUAGUCAGCAAGUGUAGUGAAAGUGGAAGUGUAGAAAGUGCAAUAGAGAACAGGUUUAACAGACAAUGCCAAACGAAUGUGACAAGAUUAUUACUAUUUUUUUUAACGGAAGAAAAUUGGAUGGCUGGGCAAGUAGACACAGACCUGCUAUAACCAUUUUGUUUACAGGAAACAAAACCAAACCUUUCACCUGUUUACAACUGAAAGUUGUAUUUGCUACUUACCUUCCUUCAGAAGAGUACCAUACAAGAAGUGCGCACUCCCUACACCUCAUGAAGUAACAGAUGUUUGUGCGACUUCAGCGGAGCCUGAAUGUUUGGGCAGCUGUGUCAACGGAGGAUAUGGGAAACAUUUGAAGGGAAGCAUUGUUUCUGAAUAUGCCUGAAUUUUUGACACAUCAGCAGUUCCAGCCAGUAUAAACUCAUAUCUCCAUAGGCUACAGAUAUUUAACUGUCAGCAAAACAAGUACGGGAAGGAGAAAAAUAGUAGAUAAUGUAUUUAGAACAGCAGCUCGGCUGUGUAUUUUAUUUUGUCAGAGUGAAUUCAAUUUAUUUUUUUCCUAAAUUGGAUGCACAAAGUUUUGAGGCAAAACUAUAAAUUAAAAAUGCGGUUGUUACUGCAAAACCAUACAAGUAAAUUGCUAUUAGCAAGGUCUGAGAAAGGAUGAAACAGGGAAGAUGGAAAGUAUUUUUCAUUUCAGUCUUGUAAGAUUCGUGAUAUAGAAAGGUAGACAUGAAAGAAUAUAAGUAGCUGUCUUAAAAGAAUGUUAGUUUUUAUUCCCCUGCUCUGAAAAAUCAGUUUUUAUCUUCCUGACUGCAGAAAUAAACCGCUGGUUUCUCUCUGUACAGGUAAACUUGAAAUGUUAGAUAUUCAGCGGUUCAGUUGUUAAUUUCAUGUUUUGAGCAUUCUUAUAUAAAAAUGAAGUGCGGAUAGCAUUAAAGGAUGCAAUAGAUAAAUGAAUGUAGAUGUAAUAGUGUGUCCAACAGGCUGAAUUACAUAAAGAGCACAUUUUGUGAUUUGCUUCUCAUAUCAGUGAUGUUUACUAUCAGGACAUGACAGCAAGGAUUGACUUGGAGUAGUUAUGUGUUGGCUUAGACAAGUCUACCGCUUGACUUAUGUAUAUUUAAAAAGUCAUGUUUAAAGGUGGUUUUUUUUUUUUUUUUUGUUGUUGUUGUUGUUGUUGUUUUUUUUUUUUGUAUUUAGCUAAGCAAGGAAAAGCAGACAGGCAAAUAAAGAACCAGAGUAAAGAGACUAAGAAAACACAGGUUCAUUCACAAGGGGAAUUUGCUGUAUUUGCCAUGACCUAGUCUUCUACAGAAGCCUUGCAGUUUCUAAUGGUAAAUUUCCUCAUUACAUGUUCAAACAUCUGCAGUUAAAUAACAGAAUCAUCACAUUCUCCCAAAUGCAAAUGGUGCUGGGCCUAAUCUGUAUUGGAAUUCAUCUGUUAGGUGUUUCUUUGUGACCAUGUUUAAUGGCUUAAGGCUCAGGGACUACUGGAAAUAGCAGUAUUAGUGAGAAUUUAUCUUUUCUCAAAGCAUUGUAUUCCUCCUUUAGAAUCAAUUGUGUAAUCUGGCUGUGACUAAGUGCCAUCUGGCUAGACAGGGCACAAACUCUUGGUGCCUGAAUAGGUCUGAAGUACUUAUUAAUAUUAGCACAAAUUUACUCUGGCUGAGUUGGAUUAAUGUUUGAGUCUUUUCAUAUAAAAUAACUUUCCAAUUAUACACUAACAGAAUUGGAAUUCUAACAGCUUCCACUUGAAAUCAGAUAAGUGAAUAACCAAAUAAUUUCUCUGUUUAUAAUCGUGGAGACUUUACAAGGCCUGGAGGAAACCGUGACAAGUACGAAGGAAUGCCUCAUAACUGCACGGGCUUAAGGUGGUUUUCUAAUAGUUCAUAUCUAUUUGCUAAAAAGUAAAUCUCAUGAUAUCUGAAGCAAGUCAGACACUUAAAAUUAGUAGAUGCAUCUAUGCAUUUGGAAUUAUAUCUACAGUUAAACCUAAUGAGUCACAGCAAAGCUGGUUGACAAAAAAAAAAGCAUUAUUACAUAAGAUAAGUUCUGGAAAAUGUUCUGCUGUCAUCUAAGUGACAGGGAGCUCGCUACUUAGGCAGCUUGUUCCUUAACCUGCUGUAGUGUCAUGACCCCACUGAAAGUGCCCCCUAUUCUUCAGCUUACCAGAGACUAAUUCAUUGUUCUUUUCUUGAACAAGCACAAAAUUCACAUUAAAGAAAAAUAAAAACUUGAAGCUUCUGAAAGCAGAUCUAUGUCAUCCAGUAAGAUCACUGUUUUUUUUUUUUUUUUAAUACGCUGAAGAGUCAGCAACAGAACAACUUGCAAAGCUAUUUUAUACUGACAGCUUCAAAACACCAUUUUGGCACUCCAGUAUAUGUGCAGCUGAGCUUACAUUUAAAUGUAAGAAUGGAGGAAGGCUUUGGUUGAAAUUCCUUCUCUCCUUUUAAAUAUUUAUUGGACAGCAGGAAAAGCAGCAGAAUGAGACAGUGGCUUGCUGCACUGUGCAGCAGCAAGAGAGAUUACAGCUGCUUUGAAAGUGUUUAAACUCUGUUAAGCAUAACAGUAUUAGCCCAUGCAUUCCUUUCUCCUUAGGUGCAUUGGAUAUUUUAGAGCUUUCAGGGAUUUCAUGCUGGUUUGGAAUUUGUUUCUGUAGCAGGGUGAGACCUCUUCAAGAGGCAUGGAGCUAUCCACACCAACAUGACUUAGAUGCAGGUCUGCUUGAGUAACAGUGGCUCAUGUAUUCACAUGCUAGACAGCUGCUUGUCAACCACUGAGUUUUCUUUCCCACAGAAAGGGCAGCUUUCUGUAUUAAUUGACAGCAGGAUUCUAAGCUGCAAAAACAGCAUCCUGAAAGUUUUAAGAAACAUUCUAAGAUUUUUUUUUUAAUGAAAUGAGGUAUCAAAUACAGAUCAGUAUCAACCUACCUAUGUAGCCACUGUACAUCUCAGGCAAACAAACACCCUGACAGUGGCAUUUAGCUUGGCUACAAUCCUCCAAGGGCUGAACCUUGCUCCAAGCUGCCAUUACUGAGAAGAGCCUCAUCUGCAUUCCUGUUUAAGCGAAGUUUCAAUGAAGGUAGGUGGAAGUAAUCUGGCAUGAGAGCUCAUAUUUUAAACAAGAUAUUUCUAAUCUGUGGACGUGCACGUUUCUUCUCUUGAUUUAAGUUAUAAGCAUUAUGAAGUUUAUUUGAACCUGGCAUAAAUAUACUGCUUUUGACUAUCACUAGCAUUACGAAGAUUCUCAACUAGUCCAAUUGUGCCAUUCACACACUGCUUUAUCUGAAAGCAGUGCUUAUUUUUAUUGUGUAGAAAGAAAUAGUAAGUUCCCCAUCACCAAGAAAAACCAUUUAUAAUUUCUAAUGUGAUGGAACUUUAUGAUGAAAGUAUUUUACUGUGUAUAAUAUUUGGAACUACAAGUUUCUGUUACUUGUUCAACUCCCUCUCUUUUGCAAAAGAAAAAAAAUGUAUGUUUUUUGUGGGUGAAUGUGUACUGAAAGACAGAAGGUAAGGGAAACAAAAGUAAUAUAUCUGCUUAUUGUUGUGAAAAAAAAGUAUUUGUAUUAAACAAAUGAUCCAAAUUUC